CAACAUCUGUGUAGUUAGUGCAGUCAUCAAUAAUGAAACGAUUUAUCGUAAGAUAUUGGUAAAACAUGUCACGUAUUAUCAGUGGCGCUGCUUUACCUGUUUGUGUGCGCCGAUAAAACUUAUUAAUUCUUUAAAAUAAAGAAUAAUCGUGCAUGAGGGCGGCACAAAGACUUAGUUUAGGCUGUUGUGGACCGACUUUUUCGAUGGCAGACGUGCAGCAGCAACCGAAUGGGUCCCCGUCUAGAGGGGAAACGAUAUGGUCUUAUCAAUUUCGGAUUGUACUGAUUGGAGACUCUACUGUAGGAAAAUCAGCGCUGUUAAGGAGAUUUAGCGAUGGAGAUUUUUUAGAGAUCUCAGACCCCACUGUGGGUGUCGACUUCUACGCCAGAUUGAUUGAAAUUGCUCCUUCAAUAAGAAUUAAAUUACAGUUAUGGGAUACUGCUGGACAAGAAAGAUUCAGGUCAAUAACAAGGUCUUAUUACCGCAACUCCGUAGGAGGCGUCCUAGUCUACGAUGUUUCAAGUUCAGCAAGUUUCUCUCACAUAGAGAGGUGGAUGGAGGAGGCCAGUGCUCACGUCGCUCCGAGAUCGAUUUUAUUUAUUCUUAUCGGACAAAAAUCAGACUUGGAAGAAGAAAGAAAGGUAACACAAGAGCAAGGAGCGUUAUUUGCACGGAAACAUAAAAUGCCUUUCAUUGAAACGUCUGCAAAGACUGGAUAUAAUGUUGAGGAAGCUUUCCAUGUGUUAACUGAAUGUAUAUAUAGGCAGCUUCAGUCAGGAGUUAUCACAGCUGAAGAUGGCUGGGAAGGAGUGAAGUGCUCGUUGCUGCCAAGUCCUGUAUAUAGCCAAAGUGAGGAUAUUGACUCUUCUACAAAGAAGAAAUGUUGCUGAUGUUGUUUUGUGUUUUUAUCGACAGAAUUUAUGGUUCAGUGAGCAAGGUAUAAAAACAGAAUUUCAUGAGUUACGCUUGAAUAAGCAAGGAUUAUUCAGGGUACAAAACAAAACUGUUUUUAGUAUUUGCUUAAACAUGAGAGCAAUGCUCAAAUAUAUGGUCACGAUUCAAAAAUUAUUUUUCCCUACCCCCUCACCUGUAGUGUAUUAAAUAAGUUGGACAAAACCAAAUAGUAAAUCCCAGUCCUUUAUGUAUUUUCUUAAUUAUUAGUGGAAAACAUAAAUCACACGAUUUCGAAAGAAUACAUAAGAUCAGGGAAACAUCGCCUUUGCAUAACAAUGUCGACUAUAAUCGUAAGACUCGGAAAACGGCGAACACGCAUUGAAAUGUUUAGUAUUUUUAACAUAAACAAGGGUUGCGGAAAAUUUUAAUAUAUUGAAAAGGGUCGAUAUUUUAAGUUUUGGAAACCCCAGAAGGGCAAUGCCAAACCAGUCUUCUAACUUUUUACAAUCGUUGGCCGCUCCGCAUUUGGAUCGGAGCUUUGCAAUGCCCUAAUUAAUUCUGCAUUAAAUAUGUCACAUUACGUUAGUCUGGAAUGAUUUUGACCAGGCAAUUAUCAUUUUUAAUUGCCUUAUGAAUUUUGCAGGCAUUGUCAAAUUUGUGAGGAACUGGUCCUUAAAGUAAAAAAUAGUGGUUCUUGUAUUUAAUUAGCUGUUUUGUGCAGAGUAUUGAUCAGAGUAAACAUUUUAAAACACUUAAAAACAAAUCAUGUUGCAUUACAUUAGCCAUGAAAUGAUUUUGUUCAGCCAAUUAUCAUAAUUGAUUUUCUUGAUUGAUUACUGAUUACCUCAUUUUUAAUCAAUCAGAAUAGCGGUACAGAUGUCUAGGUGUUUUAUCUGUGACUGCAAAUCUAUAAAAUACGAAACUGAAAGUGUUUUUGCGAACACUAACGUAGUAGUGUCAGACUUUCUUUGCCUCGAUGAUAAAAAUCAUUAUUGAAAAUGUCGUCCUAAACAUACCUAACUACUGCCCCUUCCUAUCUGCCUUUUGUCUGACUGUAAGAAUACUGCAGAAAGAAUCAUAAAUGGCUAUACUGAGUUUUUCAAAUAUCAAAACAUACUUUUACGGAUUUUAUUCUGACCAAAGUCAGACUUCUUCAGACAAACAGUUUACAACAGUUGUUGUACCUGUGAAAAUUUAUAAAGUAUGAUACAAUACUUUUAAACCAACAAUGUACAAAUAAAAUCUUAAUUUUGAAUCAUAUUUGUUUAUCAUAUAUAGGGUUACCCUACUGUGUGAAUAUUGCUCAAUUAAAUUAAUUGACCGUCCUUAAUUAACGUGCUUUUCAAUCUUUCAUACUUUUUCUCUCCUAUUGCACUAUAUUGCUUGGUACUCUUUUACUUGCCUGAUCCUGCUUUGUUUUUUAUUGCUGGUUUCACUUGUUAUUUAGAUUAACCUUGGGUAACUCAGUGAAAGUUCUAUCUAUCAUAUAUUUGACAUGGAUAAGAUUGGGCAAGUCUGAUUUGCUACAAUCACUAAAAUUAAUUUUUUUACUUUUGAGUGAGUGCUUGUAACUUUGCUCAUAGAUGACUCUCGCAUGUUAUUUAGAUUAUGGGUAUCUUCAUAGGAGCGCUUCUCAAACUGUGUUCCACAGUAAACUGCUGUUCUGCGAGCUUUUUUGAAGCGAACAGGGAUCAAAAUAGCGACUAAAUUGGUCGUCAUGACGAUCUCGGUUGUACUUCGACGGCUCUGGGUAUUAAAUUUGUCAGCGCUUCAGAAGUAUGUGCACCAAGAUGGCGCACAAUCUGAACCCUAACUUGGUACUAUUUUCAGGUUGUGCGCCAUCUUGGUGCACAUACUUUGGGAGCUCCAAUUUGUCUCCCAACUGGCGACAAACAGGCCUUGCUAUCUAAACAGCAACCGUUGUUUGUUGAUGAAUUACAUGCUUGUCUAACGCUUGGUUCAGAUCAGCAGCGUCAAAGCCAGUCCUGCCCAGUCCUACACAUCACUUGUAUCAGUGGUUCCCAACCUUUUCAGGCUCGUGACCCCCUUACCGGAGGCUUUCAUCACCAAUGGCCCCCUGUUAUCAUUUCUGUGGUAUUUAUAGUGUUAUUUAAAUUUUUAGAUUCCAAGUUUGUUAUCAUUUCUGUGGUAUUUAUAGUGUUAUUUUAAUUGUUAGAUUCCAAGUUUCAUUAUUUUCACCAAAUUUUGCGUCUAAAAUUGUGGCCCCUCCAACCCCAACCCCUCUGUGGCAUCCUUGGGUAUCCCUCGAUGACUCUGGGUAUUAAAUUUGUCGGCGUUCCAGAAGUAUGUGUACCAAUAUGGAGGUAACUAAUUUUGUUUGCUUACUCUACGUCAGGUUGUGUGAAGGGACUGAAACCUAUGGACGGGAUAUAUUCACUUGGAUGACACAGACAGUCACCGAACUCGUAAUAGAGCUAACAUAAGGAAAAUCGGAAUAAAAUUAUGGCCUAACUUAACUUGGUAAACACUACGGGAGUACCCCUUGAGGGAAGGGGGCGGGAACCACUGACUUAUAUCUUUUUUUACCUCAUUUUCUCUGUACAGAAUUAAUAUUUUCAAUAAAAAUAGGUGUUGUCGUGUCUUUAUCAGUGUUAUUCGUUCAUAUUUUCAUACUUUUUUAUCAAAUUUUCUGUGAUAAUCAUAUUAUGUUUCCGUUUUAUUUCCAUGACUGUGUUUCGAAAUUCAUUCAGUUUGUUCCAGCAGUAUUACACUUUCAAUCAUGGCUUUCCCCAGAAAUGACCAGAAUUAAAUUAUUGACUCGUUGGUAUAAGGAUGUUUUAAAUAAGUUUCAGUUGAUUUAUAAUGUCUUAUUUUCUAUUUGCGAUAGUUUAAGUUGCAGGCGACAAAAUCGUGUUAGGCUUGAAUGCAUUCUCAUCAAAAAUAAUGGGAAUUCUGACUAAAUAUAGAAAAUUAAAAGAAAAAUUUGAAUUUUUACUCUGUUUAAAAAUAUUACUCUAAAAGGGCAUCAAAGCGUACGUCUCUUGGUUUGCACACAAAAGUUUCAGACUCCCAAUUCUCCGUCUUAGUAUUCAAGUUGCUGAAUUCAGACUUAAGUUUUAUGCUGUUAUGACGCUAUUGAUAUAAUUGAGUAGGGAAUGGCCAACUUGAAAGGUCCAUUUUUUUUUUAAAUAACUAUAAUCCUUACAUAUCAAUGACUGCUUGACUGUUAUCAUGAGAGAAUCAGUGAGUGACAAGUCAAUUGUUUGAUAUCUUCAUAUCUGUUUAACAAUUUGCAGUAUUUCUUCAUCCUAGUUUUACGGUACUUUUAAUUUUUAUUACCUCUCAAAUAAUCAGUUUUUAUUUAUUUUAUUUGAACAUAUUUGCACCCAAACUAAACAGCAUACAAGGCCAUGCAUCCGUGUAAUUUUACUGGCCAUUUUACCUUAUCGAUUUGGAAAUUUUGGUUCAGGGUAUAAUUAAACCGUUUUGUCGACUUUUCCCAAAAGAGCACCCACAAGCCAGGGUUCCUAAAUCCCGACUCCUCCAUCAAGGGGGGGAGGUACAAGUAAAGCCCUUGCUAGGUACCAUUUUUGCUUUGUUUGACAGCGUUAAUAUUAUUACACAUAGCGUAUUCAACAGAACUGAUGGAAACGUGACAAUGCAAAAAACUAAUCUCAUACCCAACAUGGGGAUAGUAACCGGUUGAUAGGCCAUGCUUCGCCAUAUGAUUAAGCCGUCUUGUCGGCUUUCCUCUCCGAUGGUAUAAUAUUGCUACAAAUAUUUUACAAACAUAUGCUGACCAUAUUACACCUUCAUUUCACAUCGUAUUUUUGAUGUCCUAAACGUUACUUUUUUUGUGUAAAUUUUCCAUGUUUUGAACUGUGUUUUAUUUCAUUUUUUCUUAACAAGCUGGUGAAUAAGCACUGUUAUUAUUUUUUGUUGUAAAUUGUUUUCGAAAUCGAAUUAUUGGAAAUUG